UGCCAAUGUACAUCCAGGAAAGGCUUUUCUACGUUCUCCGUGGUUUUACAGUUAUGGAUACUCUAGCUAGCUAGCUAGCGUUAAGUCCCAUUACGACAACCUAUUAGCUGCACACUAGCUAUCUGUAAGUGACGUGCUUCUAGUUUUAGAGUUGCAUUUUAGGUACCAUAGCGUAAGGUAAGCACAACCAACUGAAACAGCAUCAGCAGACGCUAGCUAACUAGCUAUUAGAUUGUAGCUAGCCUAGUGUAACCACGGAAACAUAAACGCGUAUGGCGUGGUUGAAGUUACAUCCACAAGCUGUCAUUUAUUGUUUGUAAAAUUAAAGAAAAUGGCUGAUGAACUCGCAGUGACAAACACACGUCGCAGUACCUCUGAGUCUCCGUCGGCUGAAUCCCCUGAGAGCAUGGGAUGCACCAACAGGGACGUGGAGGCCCGUUCCUCAGCUGUGUUGAGUUCCUCACAAACGGGAUAUGCUAAAAAGGAAUUAAUGAUGAUGGCACCUAAAGAAAAGCUCAAACACUUUGACAGCCAGGCUCAAGCCUGUGAAGACAUCCAAGAGUUUGAUGCUUGCAUUCAGGACCUGGUGCGUUGUGUGGCUCUGACUAGGCUGGUGCAUGGGGAUGGACAUCUGAAACUAGCCCAGGCACAUGCCAGACUGGCUAAAGCAUAUUUUCAGUACAAAGGCUGGGGACUGCAGGCCCAGGAGCACUCGGCUCUGGCCAGACAGCUGCUGCCUUUCUGCCCCUCCAUCUCCUCCUGCAGAGGUGAAAAUCUUGAGGUUCUCAUGUGUCUAUUGAACGUACACCUCACACAUGGAGGCGCUUCACUGCUUACAGACAAUCUUAAGGAGGCUGAAUCCUCUUUUCUGGAGGCAGAACAUGUUCUUGAGGAGCUUCAUCAACAUGGUGGCAUCAACCAGGAGGAGAAGAUGAAGACUGCCCUGGAAAUCUCCACUGGUCUAUCCAGGGUCUAUAGGAGACAGAACAGACCAGAGGAGGCCUUAAGCCAGUGUGAGAAGUCUCUGCAACGGCUGAAGGACUGUGGUAAACCAGAGAAGACCUCUUCAGUCUAUAGGGACAUGGCAGCCAUUGAACAGGACAAAGGUCAUUUGGACCAAGCCAUAGAGCAUCUCUCCAAGGCUCAUGCCAUUGCUAUGAGUCACAGCCCAGAGGCACUAGAGGGGGCUCAGAUCUCCCACAGCCUGGCCCUCAUCCUUUCCGCUGCAGCAGAACCCCAUCACAAUGACUCUGCAGGUCACUACUUUGAGCAGAGUCUGAGUGCAUACAAAAACUCUGUAGGUCCACAGGAUCCGGCUUUUCUCACGGUCCAGGAUGAUUUCUGUCGUUUCCUCCUCCUAAGUGGCCACAAAGAGAGAUGUGUGGAAAUCCAGAAAGCUUCUCUCGCUACAAAGAAUUCUACUUUUGGUGACCUGAGUGCAGAGGUAGCAGACACCCUUCAGCUGAUAGGAAGUAUGGAGAUGAGUGAGGGCAGGGUGAAGCAGGCCCACAGGACCAUGACAAAGUGCCUGGAGAUCCAGAGUAUGUUGUACGGUCCUCGACACAAGAUGACAAAAGCUACACAAAAAGCUGUGGACAUGCUGGCACGGGCACCAGUGGUAGCCGAGAGACAACAGAGGCAAGGUUUAAGGAAAACGAAACAUCACACACUUUCACUACCAUCCAGUAGCAAUGAUGGAAACUCAAUGUCUGACUCUUAAAAUGUUUUUGAAGUACAAUAAUCUUGCAGAUGUGUACCAAGAAAUACUGAUAUGUGUUUUUUUAAGAAGUUUGUCUGUUUGUUAGAUAAAACAAGCAGCUACCAUUGCUGAAAAUUGGCCUCAAUUGCACUAGUCAUGUCCACUAGCAUUACAUGUAUGUGUCACUUUGUACAUUAUUUGUUAUAAGUUCACUUUGAAGAAAUACUCACACUCAGAAAACAUACCAACAAUAGGUUUUAAUUGUGUUAAGAUAUGAAUCAGUUUCCAAUAAGGGUGGGACCUUUUUUUUAAACAGCAAUAAUGCCAUUUGUUCAAUAAAAAUCAUUAUGUCAAUAAAAGAAAUGGUGUUGGACUAUCUUAUCAACACUUAUUGAA